AUGACAAUAUCUAAAGCAAGCAUAAGAAAACAGUUCCCACUUCAAAAUGCCUUUGCUCUCACUGUUCAUAAGGUGCAAGGUCUAACCUUACCUCAUGUAACCACCACCAUUGACAAAUCCAUAUUUGCCAAAGAUCAAGCUUAUAUUGCAAUGAGCUGUGCAACUUCAUGGGAAAACCUCUGUAUCAUAAACUUCAAUCACAAGUACCUAAAAUCUCCAAGAGCUGCUUUAAAUGAGUAUAAAAGGUUAAACACAAUACAUACUAAAGGAUUCCAAAACUUGCAAUAG